CAAAGCCUUAACUUACAUGUCUAACUAGUCCCAAUUUCUAGUUUAAGAAAACAAGACGAAUUUCAAAUUUUCGUUUAACUAAACUCAUAUUUUUUUCUAGCCAUGAGUCAAUAUUUGUUGUUGUUUGUAUUUCUUUUUCAUUUUCCAAAAGCUCCAGCUAAAGAACGUAAGAAUGUGCACCUCUAUGGUUACGACCAAGUAAAUGUGGUCAACAGAUGCAUGCUGGGACUAUCUAAAGGAAAUGACGUCAUUAUAAAGGGCUCGGUGCAACUAAAAGAUCAAGCGCCAUCUGCGAAGUGGCGUGUAUUUAUGGAAGUUCGAAGAUAUUUUUCUACAGCCUUCAAAAGGUUUUGUAGCAUAAACUUGUCAAGGUAUGAGGAACUCCGUUAUCCUUCAAAGUGUUAUUGUAAAAGAAAACCAAACAGUUUGAACUUUGACAUAUAUUUCAACUUCACUCUGGAUGUCAUUCAUAGCCACGCACAGAUUCGGAUGAAAUUAUUAACUGACAACACUCCAGUAUACAGCAACGUUAAAAGAUUGCCAACUAUAUAUCAGCAAGUUCCUUUAACCUUGACAAUUAACGGCUUUGAGGUGGAGCCUCGAAACUGUAUUUUCAAGGUCAACGCCAGUGACCCAAAAGUAGAGUUUUGCUGUGAUGCCGAUUACAUCCCUUGCUAUUCAGCAAUAAUGCGCAAUGGUCAAGUUGUCGCAGGCUUCAACUCAUCUUGUGCUGUUUUAGAGGACGCUCGUCCUUUAAGAGCCUCUUAUGUGUUCAAGUACAAUGUCUGCAGUGAGAAAGACAAGAAACUUCAAUUCGCUUGUAAACCUCUUCUUGUCAACAGUCAGAGAUUAAAGAAAAAUCCAUCAAAGUAUAUAUUCAUAUUCUUACUAUUUGGAAUUGUCGUAUUAGUUUAUGGAGCUGCGAUCAUAGUCAAGAUGAUGAAAGAUGUAUCAUAUUCCGACAGCAGUAAAACACAGAUUGCAAACUUCAAAACAAUAAAUUUAUUAGAAUCCAUAGUCAGCCAACCAACGCUUACAGACUAUAUAAAUCUGGAUUUAUCCGAAUCCAAAGUCCUCAAACCUACGCUUACAGACCUUAAAAAUCUGUAUUUAUCACAAUCCAUAAUCAGAAAAUUAACGCUUAGACACUUUGUGGAUAGGCAUAUAGAUUUGUCAGAAUCCAAAUUCAGCAAACCAAUCCUUACAGACUUACAAAAUCUUGAUUUAUUAAAAUCCAUAAUUAGCAAAUUAACGCUUCUACACUUCAAAGAUAUAGAUUUGUCAGAAUCCAAAGUCAGCAAACUAAUCCCUACAGACUUAAAAAAUCCGGAUUUGAAAGAAUCCAUAGUCAGCAAACCAAUUCUUACAGACUUUAAAAAUCUGGAUUUAUUAGAAUCCAUAGUCAGCAAACCAACGCUUACAGACUAUAUAAAUCUGGAUUUAUCCGAAUCCAAAGUCCUCAAACCUACGCUUACAGACCUUAAAAAUCUGUAUUUAUCACAAUCCAUAAUCAGAAAAUUAACGAUUAGACACUUUGUGGAUAGGCAUAUUGAUUUGUCAGAAUCCAAAUUCAGCAAACAAAUCCCUAUAGACUUACAAAUUCUUGAUUUAUCAGAAUCCAUAAUUAGCAAAUCAACGCUUACAGAUUUUAAAGAUAUAGAUUUGUCAAAAUCCAAAGUCAGCAAACUAAUCCCUACAGACUUAAAAAAUCCGAAUUUGAAAAAAUCCAUAGUCAGCAAACAAAAUCUUACAGACUUUAAAAAUGCGGAUUUAUUAGAAUCCAUAAACAGCAAACCAACGCUUACAGACUAUAAAAAUCUGGAAUUGUCAGAAUCCAAAGUCAGCAAACCAAUCCCUACAGACUUAAAAAAUCCGAAUUUGAAAGAAUCCAUAGUCAGCAAACAAAAUCUUACAGACUUUAAAAAUGCGGAUUUAUUAGAAUCCAAAGUCAGCAAAUCAACGCUUAAAGACUUUGAAGAUAGGCAUAUAGAUUUAUCAGAAUCCAUAAUUAGCAAAUCAACGCUUACAGACUUUAAAGAUAUAGAUUUGUCAGAAUCCAAAGUCAGCAAACCAAUCCCUAUAGACUUAAAAAAUCCGGAUUUGAAAGAAAGCAAACCAAUUCUUACAGACUUUAAAAAUCCGGAUUUGUCAAAAUCCAAAGUCAGCAAACUAAUCCCUACAGACUUAAAAAAUCCGGAUUUGAAAAAAUCCAUAAUCAGCAAACAAAAUCUUACAGACUUUAAAAAUGCGGAUUUAUUAGAAUCCAUAAACAGCAAACCAACGCUUACAGACUAUAAAAAUCUGGAUUUAUUAGAAUCCAUAAACAGCAAACCUACGCUUACAGACUUUAAAAAUCUGGAUUUAUCAGAAUCCAUAAUUAGCAAAUUAACGCUUACAUACUUUAAAGAUAUAGAUUUGUCAGAAUCCAAAGUCAGCAAACCAAUCCCUAUAGACUUAAAAAAUCCAGAUUUGAAAGAAUCCAUAGUCAGCAAACCAAUUCUUACAGACUUUAAAAAUCCGGAUUUGAAAGAAUCCAUAGUCAGAAAAACAACGCUUAAAGACUUUGAAGAUAGGCAUAUAGAUUUAUCAGAAUCCAUAAUUAGCAAAUCAACGCUUACAGACUUUAAAGAUAUAGAUUUGUCAGAAUCGAAAGUCAGCAAACCAAUCCCUACAGACUUAAAAAAUCCGGAUUUGAAAGAAUCCAUAGUCAGCAAACCAAUGCUUACAGACUUUAAAAAUCGGGCUAUUAUUUCUGUCGUACUCGUGACUGCUGUGUAGCUAGCAGCCUGCUGCAUAAUUGUGCUGCUGCCUUACUUGCUACUUACUGCCAAACAGCUGCAAAACUGUUGUAUAAUUCUGCCCUGUUGAUCUAGUAGUUGUGAGGUUUAGAUUAGAAAAGUCAGUUACAAUAGUUUAAUGUUUUGUAGGUAAUUUUAGUGGUUUAUUGUUUUGUAGGAUAUUCUGGUGGAUUAUUGUGAACUAGUAACUAGUGGAUUUAUUUGGGUUUGGUUUGUUGGAUAGUGUUUGUAGUUGUUAUAGUAUAUAUUAAGUAGGGUUAAUUAGUUGUUUAUUUAGUUUUAUUACUGUUGUUUUGGUUUCAUGUAAAUAAAGUGUGUAUAAGUUGUUAUAUAAAUUUAGUUUGGUUUCUUCCGUUUAGUUAUUUAGUUUAGCUUAGUUGUGCUGUCUGGUCGUUUAGGCGACUCUAGCCCCUUGGUCGCAUGCUGAGGUGCACAGAUUGGGCCCACACAGUAGAGCUACCAUCUGCCUACUGUUAUAAUGAAUAAAUGUUGAGCAGAACAAAUAGGUAUCUCUCACUCUGUAGCGCCUCCUGACCUGCUCACAUACAAAGUGUAAAUAUUUGAUGCCGAGAAAAAUCAAUGUUAAUAAAAUAUAAAAUGCAGUAAAAAUAAACAAAAAUUACUUAAAUGAAAUUGAAAAACUAUAACUGUGUAUGUUAAAGUAUAAAACUAUUGCGUUUCUGUAAAUGUCGACCUGUCCAGGUUGUAUAAAUGGCUACAAUCAGCCUCCUUGCCCCAUCAUUUGUAUGCCAUAUAGAAAUUUUAAAUUUGUGAUCCCAUCUCCUUUUUUUUUAAGCUUUUAAAAACUGACUCUGUCUGGUAAAAUUAAUUAAUUAACUAAUCUCUCAUUCGUAUUAGUAAUAAUUUCGUCUUUGUAUUUUUAAUCAUUCUUAUCACAAAAUCACGAUCAAAUAAACUUUACGAGCCUUGCGAGUAGCGAAGUCACACAGUUUAUCUUCAAAAUUAUAAGGAAGUCGUAAUCUUAUAAACAAGAACAAUAUAAUUCUAUGUUGUUAUUUAUAGAGAGUGUAAGUCUAUGGACAGAUUUAAUACUUGUUCCAUGACUAGGAUGCUUUUUAUUUUGAACGACAGACAGCGAUGUCUUAAAGAAAUGAACGGCUAAUGAAAUGUGAGAAAUGUGUGAGCACAGAAUGGCGAGUGCUUGUUGUUGUAAGCAAG